UGCUUUCUUGCUUUGGUUUUGUUUGGACUUUGAAUUUGAGUCUCCUUAUGUAGCCCAGGCUAGUCUGGAACAAACCCCAAAUCCUUCUGCCUCAGGCUUCAUGAGUGCUGGGAUACAAACCUGAGCCAUCACACUUUUACAGGCAACACAAGUGUAGCAUGUCAUUUCAGAUGUGUUUUUGCAAAGGAAGGCGUGAUAGAACUGUGUAUGUGCAGUGAGCCUGUGCAUUUCCAUGUCUCUGUCCAACCUCGGGGUUUUUGCACAUGCUAUUUCCUGUUUACCACUGUUCCUGCACUUUAUACCUCCUUCAGUCUCUCCUGCUUGUCCCCUUUUACUUUCUGAGUGCCAUAUGAUUACUUCAGGGCUGCAGAAAGGAGCUGGGAACGAGUUCAGCUGUAGAGUGCUUGUAGCUCAGUUGGUGGAGUGCUUGUAGCUCAGUUGGCAGAGUGCUUGUAGCUCAAUUGGUAGAAUACUUUUAGCUCAGUUGGCAGAACGCUUGCCUAGCAAGCCUGAAGCCCUGGUUCCAUCCCCAGCAGUACAUAAUCUUGGCAUGAUGGCACAGGCCUGCCAGCAUUCAGGAGGCGGAGGCAGGAGGUCCAGGUCAUCCACAGCCUCAUACUAAGUUCCAAGCCAGCCUGGGCUACAUAAAACUGUGUCUCAAAAAACCAAGAGAAUAUUGAUAUUAGGAAGGAGAGCUGCGGCUGUCUGAGGAGAUCGAUGGAGCAGGUAGACAGUAGGUACAGAGCGAAGUCUUGGCAGGAACCAGUAUGAGCCCCAGCUGCAGACGGAAGCCUUGAGCAACAUUCUGGUCCCGCCCUGUUCACCUGCUGGAGGAAACAGGAACUGCCUGGGGCUGCCCGCCCUGCCCCUCUGACGUGCAGACCCUGAAUCGAAACCUAGGUUCUCCAGCAGCUUAAGAGCUCUUCGGAACACAGCCCAGGCUCUCCAAGGUGAGUACCUUCCCUGGAUGCCAUGGCAGAAGGCGGGAGGCUGCCCCCGCCGCUGCCCCCUCGGCUGGACUGGUUUGUGCACACCCAGGCGGACCCGCUGACCCAGUUCGGAAUCCCUGAAUGGUUCCAUGGCGCCAUCUCUCGAGAGGCAGCUGAGAAGCUGUUGGAGUCACAACCGCCAGGGACCUUUCUUCUCCGAGUCAGCCACAGCCAUGUGGGCUACACCCUUUCCUACAAAGCCCAGACAUGCUGCCGUCACUUCAUGGUGAAGCUUUCAGAUGAUGGGACGUUCACCCUCGCUGGGGACCACGUGACCCACGCCUCUCUGGACGCCCUGGUCACCUUCCACCAGCAGAAGCCUAUUCGACCAUAUGGAGAGCUGUUGACCCAGGCCUGCGGGCAGGACGACCCUGCAAAUGUGGACUAUGAAGAUCUCUUCCUGUACUCAAAUGCUGUGGCUCAGGAUGCUGAGAGCCAAGUUCAGAGGCCUUCCUCCUGCCCACCCAAGGAGGCUUCUGAAAGGAAACCAUCCAAAGCAACUGAUGAAGAGCUCACAUCGGCUCCCUGCUCCCCAAAAGCACUUUUUGAGGAAGCGGGACAGAGACUGUGGAAGAACCUGAGGUCAUUGCCUCAGACUAGCUGGAGGGUGAAACAGCGGCUCACUUCACACCUGCUGGGGGACACCAAGCAGCGUCGAAGCCCUGUGACCCGGGCGGCCAGCUGGGAUAGCUCCAGCUCCUCAGACCCCUGUGCGGCCACCUCUCUCCAAAGCUCCGAAGAGCCCGAGGCCUGGAGAGGCAGAGGAGCCACCCUCAGGGCCUCCGGGCCUGCCAGCUGGAGGGAGGUGGUCUCAGGGGUCAGAGCCUGGCCUGGAAAGGUGGUGAGGGCCCUGUCAGCCCAGGGAAGCAGGCCAGAGCCUGUAGACUUGCUGGAAGCCCAGGACUGGCUACCGGAGGAAUACCUCCCACCACCACCUUUCGCCCCUGGGUACUGAGAGUGCCUCCAGGAUCUUGUGCAUUCGGCUCCUUUUAAGGUCCCACCCCUGUCCGCACAACUAGGGAACUGUGCUAAAGAGGUGCAGAGCUGAAUCCAGCUGAGAGAACUGGUUUAAUGGUAACAGAAUUAAUGCUGCCACUUUAAGGGCGGAGUGAGAUGGCCCAGCGAGGAAGGGGGUGAAAGGCACUUGCUUCCAAGCCAGACAACUGAGUUCCAGCCCCAGGACUCACAUGGUAGGAGAAGAGGACCAGCUCCAGAAAGUUGUCCUCAGACCUCUACACACCCAUAAGUAAAUAUAACUUUAAAAGACUUCAGAAGUGACUUGGUGGGCCCGGCACGAGCCUGUCUCACCUCUUUGACCAUGUGUAUCCAUGGGCCCAACAUCUCACAUAGCCACAUUGAAUUAAAAAUAUUUUUCUGAAAGCUUUGCAUCUGUGGGUUGGGGAAAUAACUCAGGAGGUAAAGUGUUUGCCAUGCAAGGGAAAGAACCUGAGUUCAAAUCCCCAGAGCCUAAAUAGGGCUGAUGUAAAGGUGCACAUCUGUCCUCAGAGCAGCUACAAGGAGAUGGGUGCUGCCCUCUUAGACAGACCUUACUUCAGCAAAUUGGAAGACAAACAAAAUCAACACCAACACAACAUGCUCCUUCCCACAGUCGCACACUAGAACACACACCCGCAGAGAGGGAGGGGCAAAGGGGGAUUCACAAUAGUUGCACCUGUGGCCAGGUGUGUGAUACUUCCUAGCACUUGGACAUCGGAGAUGGAAGGGUCAAGUUUGAGGUUAGCCUGGGCUACAUUCAAAAGAAAAAAAAUUGUGAGACAGGUGUGGUAGUGCAUGCCAUUAAUUCCAGCAUUCAAAAGGCAGAGGCAGGAGGAUCUCUGUGAGUCCGAGGCCA